CACACCCACUCUGUAAAGUUUAACUGUCAGGAAACUUCUGUGUUUGUCCUCACUGAGGUGAUCUGACAACACAGAGGAUCAUUGUAAACUGUCGUUUAGUUUCUGCACAUCUCCACAGCAGGAUGAUAAACCCUGUCACUUUUCUCAUGACUCUUGCCUGUUUAAAAGAGAUGUGUUUGGACAAAAACUCCUGCCGUUACCCUUAUGGAGAAAUGCAGAUGGCUGAAUAUGCAGGCUGCAUCAUUGAGAGCUGUAGGGAAGCCCUGCACACCUGUGCUCUCCAGACUACUGGGCUCAUCAUAUUUGAAAUGAAGAAAGAGGAUCCAUCAGCGUCUGUUGAUGAUCUGGUGCAGCAGGCUAAGGCCACUGUGUUGAAGGAUCUACAGUCAUUUUUCUAUUGCAUGAAAAUGCUCAGCACUGAGGGCCCCAUCAGCGCCUCGAUGUGCUUUCUGGAAGCGAUGCUGGACGACACUCAGCAGCAUCACAACAACAGAAAGCCAGCAUUCAUGUCCAGCGAUCCAGAUUACAUGUUGUGCUGGAUCAACACAGCGGUAGAGGGGCUGAUGAGCUGCAUCGAGGACUUCGAUCUGCACACGCUGAAAACCCUGAAUAAACACUUUGCAAACAAUAACGGGUUUUUUGACUGUUUCAUGAAGAUGUUUAUUUCCUGGGGCAGAAAAUGCAUUCCAGCAUCCAUGCGGUUUUUUGGAAACGGCACACUGAGUAAAAUCGCCAACAGCUGGCCCGAAUAUACAGAAUAUGCUGAAUGUGCUGACUCGUGGAAACACUUGGCCAAAGAAUGCAUGUACAAGACCAUGAAAGACUUUGGUUCCAACCCGACCAUCUCACGCAAGAUUAAAGACUUGUACAUCUGCACCAUUCAUGAGAUGAUCUUAGCAACUGAAACGUGUUAAAAACAACGAGGACGUGACCUUCAUGUAAACCAAUCAGAGAGCAGAUAAUUAUGUCUAGUGUGAUUUGCUUUAAAAAUACUUCUACUGAUCACGUAGCGCAUUGGGUUUAAUUUACUGGGCCUGUUUAAACAUUUAAUCAUGAAUUAUUUAAUAUCUUCCUUGUGCUGGUUUCUGACUUUUUAACUUUUGGUUUUUGUCUUAUAUUUUCUGUAACUUUGUAAAUGAGGACUCGUCCUCAGUGUGUCUCCUGAGAUCGAAAUAAAUGAAAUUAAAUCACA